CCCAUCGAAGCAAGACUUCAUUUCCAGAUUGUCAUCACAAUCGGGUAGUCGAGUCAAUCCAAUAAUAAUAUUGUCAUGUUGCUCUUCAAGUUAUUCGCAGUGGUUGUGGUGGCUAGCGUUCACGUUUCCGCCGGACCGGUCAGAAACACGACGGCGAAUGGGGACUAUUUUUACUCGAUUUUGAAGGAAUUAGAAGCCCUGCCCAAACCACCGGGCUAUAUUCCAUACAUUGAUCAUGAAGAUGCCAACUUGAGCAUUCCCGAAAUCAUUGUCAAGUAUGGCUACCCCGUCGAGGUGCACAGCAUCACGACGGCGGACGGCUACGUUUUGGAAGCGCAUCGCAUCCCGUACGGGAAACAGUGCGGUCCUGCCGAGGGGAAAAGAGUCAUCUGGUUGCAACACGGUCUUCUUGGAGAUUCCUCCAACUGGAUCAUUGCCGGACCGGAUAAGGCUUUCGGCUACGUCCUGGCUGAUCAGUGUUACGACGUGUGGAUGGGAAACUUUCGUGGGAACACGUACUCCAGGAGACAUCUCUUCCUGGAUCCGAACGUCAACCAGAAAGAGUUUUGGGAUCACAGCUGGAACGAAAUCGGGCUGAACGACGUGCCCGCAAAUAUUGACUAUGCCCUCUCGGUCACCGGAGCGGAGAGCUUGUACUACGUCGGACAUUCUAUGGGGACCACGACCAUGUGGGUCUUGCUGUCAGAGAAGCCAGAGUACAACGCCAAGAUCAAGUUGAUGAACGCGUUCGCCCCCGUGUCCUACACGGAGCAUAUGAUCACACCACUCCGACUUCUCGCCCCCUUCGAAAAUCAGAUUGAGUGGAUCAUAAACAUGUUGGGUCUCUACGAAUUUCUACCAUCCAACGCAUUCAUGGACUUUUUAGGAAAAACGGUCUGCCAUGAACAAAGCCCGGUGCAAUUUGUCUGCUCAAACGUCCUCUUUCUCGUGGCAGGAUACAAUUUUGAUCAAAUUGAUCCCCAAUUGCUUUCCAUCGCGAUGGGCCACUCCCCUGCGGGGUCGUCAUCCGGAGAUUUGCUCCACUACUCGCAAGGAGUGAAUUCCGGUCUUUUCCGGAAGUACAAUUACGGACGGGCCGAAAAUCUUCUCCGAUACGGACAAGAGACCCCACCAGAGUAUGACAUCUCUAAAAUCACUGCACCCGUGGCUCUCUACUGGGGACAAAAUGAUUGGCUGGCGGCUCCUGCGGAUGUUUACCGACUUGCGGAACAACUCCCAAAUCUGGUCAAGUUCCAUCGCAUUGAUCACAACCGAUUCAACCAUCUAGACUUCGUAUGGGCGAUCGAUUUAAACCCACUAAUUAACCUUCCUACCAUGAGGUUUAUGGAAAACUAUUAAAAACCAAAAUUACUAAUACAAGAAGCUGGAUGUGGAUUGUAUAAAUAUAGAAUACUGACAAUAAUAAACGUAUCAUUUUCAUGCAUAUUAAAACCCA